AUGGCCUGUCCCUGGAGGUUUCUGUUCAAGGUCAAAUCCCACCAGUUUGACUUGACUGAGGAAAAGGACAUCAACAACAAUGUGGGGAAAGUCACUCAUGCACUUUCCAGCUCAGCGACGCAGGAUGACCCCAAAUGUCACAACCUCAGCAAGCACCAGAAUGGAUCUCCCCCUCCCCUCCCGGAGAUGGCAAAGAAGUCUCCAGAAUCUCUGGGUCCGCUGAAUGUGCCUCCUCCAUCCUGCUCAGAGCACAUGAGGAUCAAAAACUGGGGCAAUGGGAUGACUUUGCAAGACACGCUCCACCACAAAGCCAAAUCGGAUUUCACUUGCAAGUCUAAAUCUUGCCUGGGGUCAAUCAUGAACCCCAAAAGUUUAACCAGAGGACCCAGGGACAAGCCUAUCUCUCUGGAUGAGCUUCUACCUCAAGCUAUUGAAUUUGUCAACCAGUAUUACACCUCCUUCAAAGAGGCAAAAAUAGAGGAACAUCUGGCCAGGGUGGAAGCGGUGACAAAGGAGAUCGAAACAACAGGAACCUACCAGCUGACUGGAGAUGAGCUCAUCUUUGCCACCAAGCUGGCCUGGCGCAACGCCCCCCGCUGCAUCGGGAGGAUCCAGUGGUCCAACCUGCAGGUCUUUGACGCCCGGAGCUGUUCCACCGCCCAGGAGAUGUUUGAACACCUCUGCAGACACAUCCGUUAUGCCACCAACAACGGCAACAUCAGGUCGACCAUCACUGUGUUCCCCCAGCGGAGCGAUGGGAAGCACGACUUCCGAGUCUGGAAUUCUCAGUUAAUCCGGUAUGCGGGCUACCAGAUGCCUGACGGCACCAUCAGGGGGGACCCUGCCAACUUGGAGUUCACCCAGCUGUGCAUCGACUUGGGCUGGAAGCCUCGUUAUGGCCGCUUCAAUGUGCUGCCCCUGGUCCUGCAGGCUGAUGGCCGUGACCCUGAGUUCUUUGAAAUCCCACCUGAACUUGUGCUUGAGGUGCCCAUGGAACAUCCCAAGUUCGAGUGGUUCCGUGAGCUGGACCUGAAAUGGUAUGCCCUGCCGGCUGUGUCCAACAUGCUGCUGGAGGUGGGUGGCCUUGAGUUCCCCGCGUGCCCCUUCAAUGGCUGGUACAUGGGCACUGAGAUCGGAGUCCGGGACUUCUGUGAUGUGCAGCGCUACAACAUCCUGGAGGAAGUGGGGAGAAGGAUGGGCCUGGAGACGCACAUGCUGGCCUCCCUCUGGAAAGACCGGGCUGUCACAGAGAUCAACAUUGCUGUGCUCCAUAGCUUCCAGGUACGUCAGACUCUGAAGAAAUCCCUCUUCAUGCUGAAGGAGCUCACCAACACCUUCAGGUAUGCCGUGUUCGGUCUUGGCUCCAGCAUGUACCCACAGUUCUGUGCGUUUGCUCAUGACAUCGACCAAAAGUUGUCCCACCUGGGAGCCUCUCAGCUCACCCCAAUGGGGGAAGGUGACGAGCUCAGCGGACAGGAGGAUGCAUUCCGUACCUGGGCCGUGCACACCUUCAAGGCUGCCUGCGACACGUUUGACAUUCGAGGUAAGCACCACAUUCAGAUCCCCAAGCUCUACACGGGCAGCAUGACCUGGGAGCCUCGCCACCACAGGCUUGUGCAGGACUCACAGCCCUUGGACCUCAACAAAGCCCUCAGCCACAUGCACGCCAAGAAGGUGUUCACCAUGAGGCUCAAAUCUCAGCAGAAUCUACAGAGUCCCAAAUCCAGCCGCACCACCCUCCUGGUGGAGCUCUCCUGCGAGGACAGCACAGACCUGAGCUACCUGCCUGGAGAGCACCUCGGGGUUUUCCCAAGCAACCAGCUGGCCCUGGUCCAAGGCAUCUUGGAGCGAGUAGUGGACAGCCCCGAAGCCCAGCAGACUGUGCGCCUGGAGGCCCUGGAUGACAGCGGCAGCUACUGGAUCAGGGACAAGAGGCUGCCCCCCUGCUCGCUCAGUCAGGCCCUCACCUACUUCCUGGACAUCACCACGCCCCCAACCCCUCUGCAGCUCCAAAAACUGGCCAGGCUGGCCACAGAGGAGUCUGAGAGACAGAGGCUGGAGACCCUGUGCCAGCCCUCAGAAUACAACAAGUGGAAGUCCACCAACAGCCCCACGUUCCUGGAGGUGCUGGAGGAGUUCCCAUCGCUGCGGGUACCGGCUGCCUUCCUGCUCUCCCAGCUCCCUCUUCUGAAACCGCGCUACUACUCCAUCAGCUCCUCCCGGGACCACACACCCACAGAGGUCCACCUCACCGUGGCCGUGGUCACUUACCGCACCCAAGGUGGCCAGGGUCCACUGCACCACGGCGUCUGCAGCACGUGGCUCAGCAGCCUGAUGCCCCAGGACCCAGUGCCCUGCUUUGUGCGAAGUGCCAGUAGUUUCCAGCUGCCCGAGGACCCCUCCCAUCCCUGCAUCCUCAUUGGGCCCGGCACAGGCAUCGCGCCCUUCCGCAGUUUCUGGCAGCAGCGGCUCCAUGACUCUGAGCACAAAGGGCUCCAAAGAGGCCACAUGACUCUGGUGUUCGGGUGCCGCCACCCAGAGGAGGACCACCUGUAUCGGGAGGAGAUGCUGGAGAUGGCCCGGAAGGGGGUGCUGCAUGAGGUGCACACAGCCUAUUCUCGGCUGCCCGGCAAGCCCAAGGUCUAUGUUCAAGACAUUCUGCGGGAGCAGCUGGCUGGUGAGGUCCUCCGCGUGUUGCAUGAGUCCCCGGGCCACCUCUAUGUCUGUGGGGAUGUGCGUAUGGCCCGAGAUGUGGCCCACACCCUGAAGCAGCUGGUGGCCACCAAGCUGAGCUUGAGUGAAGAGCAGGUUGAGGAUUUUUUCUUCCAGCUCAAGAGCCAGAAGCGCUAUCAUGAAGAUGUCUUUGGUGCUGUGUUUCCCUACGAGGUGAAAAAGGACAGGGCCGCGGGACGGCCCAACACAGGCCUCUGA